GCAGAGCAGCCUCCAAUGGCGCUUUCUCCUCCUCCUCCUCCUCCCUCCUCGUUCCCGCACUCUUCUCGCCUAUGCGCAGGCGUGUCCCACUCCCACGCCGUUCUACACAGAUCCUCGGAACCCGUCCCAGAUGCCGCGGCGCAGCUCUCGCUCAUGCGCGCCCACGCGCGCGCCGGGCGCAUGCAGCCCGCGCGACGGGCGUUCGACGCAAUGCCGCCGCGGGACAGGUCCCUUGUCGCCUGGACCGUGCUCAUGUCGGGGUACGCUACGCACGGGCCGGCCUCCGAGGCGCUGGAGCUGCUUCUCCGCAUGGUGGAGUGGCCGCUGAGGCCCGACGCGUUCGUCUUCUCGGUCGCGCUGCGCGCAUGCGCCGCCGUUGGGAGCCUCGGCGUGGGUAGGCAGGUCCAUGCUGCGGCGUCCAAGAUGGGGUGCGUCGGGGCAGACCUCUUUGUGGCCAAUGGCCUCGUAACGAUGUACGCGAGCUGCCGGUCGCUGGGUUGCGCCGAGAAGGUGUUCAAUGGUAUUGCCUCCCCGGAUUUGGUUUCCUGGACUUCUAUGCUCAGUGCCUACACUGAAAACGGCCGCGACAAUCAGGCACUAAUGCUGUUCAUGGAAAUGGUCCACGGUGGUGUUUCAUGUGAUGCAUACACUCUGUCUGUCGCACUCCGAGCUGCUUCCAGCUUGGCCUGUGUCAGUUUGGGAUAUCAGCUGCAUUGCUACAUGAUCAAGUCAAGUUUCGUUAACAGUGAGUUCUUGGAGAACUGCUUGAUCGAGUUCUAUGGUAGGAGCAGUGAGUUGCAGCUGAUGCAAAAAGUGUUUGGUGAGUUGAAAGUAAAAGACUUGGUUUCUUGGAAUACUGUCAUCCAAUGCUAUGCGGACAAUCUGUGUGACAUGGAGGCUUUGGUUCAUUUCCGAGAUCUGAUGUAUAAACACACAGAAUGCGACGAGUAUACAUUGGGCAGUAUUUUGCAUGUUAUCACUAGAAGUGGCUCUUUUGAUCAUGGCAGGGAAAUUCAUGGCUACCUCAUUAGGGCAGGUUUGGACUCGGAUGAGUAUGUCAUGAGUGCUCUCAUGGAUAUGUAUGUCAACUGGGCCACCCUACGUAAGAGCCGCUGUAUGUUACCUUUGAGAAUGCUGAGAUAUUAUCUAUCGGUCCAGGGAAGGCUGGACCAGUUCAUUGUGGCCAGCAGUUUGAAGUCCUGUGCUUCUGAUCUUGAUUUGGCUGCAGGAAGAAUGCUACAUGCCUUUGUACUAAAGUUUGAUAUGAUUUCAGAUUCUUUUGUGACCAAUUCAUUGGUUAAUAUGUAUGCUAAAUGUGGUUCUUUGGAGGAAGCACAUCUUCUGCUUUCGAGAACUAAAGAUCCUUGCACAGCUGCAUGGUCGACUAUAAUAUCAGGCAGCUGUUUGAACGGUCAGUUUGAAAGAGCGAUGAAUUUGUUUAGGACAAUGCAGUUGGAGCAUGUACAACCUAAUGAAUUCACAUACACUUCUGUACUUACAGCGUGUAUGGCUCUUGGGGAUGUUGUAAGUGGAAUGGAAAUCCAUAGCAACUCGAUCAGAAAUGGUUAUGGAACCAGUGAUCCUGUUUUGAGAAGCCUGAUUAGCUUUUACUUUAGAGGAGGACAUUUUCACAAGGCCCUUCACUUGUGUUUGUCGCUCUCAAAUAGUCAGAUUUCUUGGGGUACAUUGUUUCAAGAAUUUGCUGAACUUGGUGAUCAUCUUGGAAUACUUAAUCUUUUUCAUGCAAUCCAACGUUCUAGUGGAGUUCUUGACUACCAAACUGCAUGUCUUAUCUUGAGUUCCUGUGGGAAGAAUGCACAUCUUACUGAAGGGUUGCAAGCACAUGCUUACCUUCUGAAGCGUGGCCUUGUUUCUAGAGCCUGUAUGUGCAAUUACCUUAUAGACAUGUACUCUGGUUGUGGUAGCCUUAAACAUGCAUUUGAGGCCUUCAGAAAUACUUCAGUCAGGAAUUCAUCUUCUUGGACCUCAAUGAUCAUCGCUAGUGUAGAAAAUGGUUGUCCAGAGACAGCCAUUCGCCUGUUCGUGCAGAUGUUAAGGAAGGAGAAACCACCAACUUCCCUGGCAUUCUUAUCGGUGCUGAAGGCCUGUGCAGAAACCGGCCUGGUAAAUGAAGCAUUCCAGUUCUUUGUAUCUAUGACCGAGGUUUACAAAAUACAACCUUCAGUGGAGCAUUACUCCCACAUGAUUGAGGUUUUGGGCCGUGCUGGCAUGUUCAAGGAAGCAGAGCAUUUCAUUGAUAGCGUAGUCCCUUCAGAAUCUGGUGCUUCAGCCUGGAGUUUACUUUGUUCUGCUGCCAAACAGAAUGGAAAUGCCAAAACCAUGAGGCUUGCAGCAGACAGACUAGCAAAACUUAUGCCAAGUGGUUAUUGAGCAAAUGAUCUACCUGGAAAAUCCUCAUGCAUUAUUUUCCAAGUCAAAUAUAGCAUGAACAUUAUGAGGAUACUAACAACCAAAGUUUGUCCAAAGCAAGUUUGACUUAUCAGCUUGUAGGUGGCACAGAGACCGCAGAUUUCUCCAGCGGACUAAGAGAGUCACCACUUUCCACUUGUCUUGCUCCUUUGCCACUUUUGCUAGCCAUGGAUUUGGUCUGAAUAGGUCAGUGAUAUCAUUAUCAGUUCAUCGCAACAGAUUCAGCAGGGUCGGACAUGCUGUAUAGUAUAGUGACAGAAGUGAAUAUUAUAGCUGCAACUUGCUAUAUUUUGUGUAUGUACUAUACUCUAGACGGUGUACAUAAUUUCUACUGUCCUGUUUUACUUGGAGCAUAAUUCUUCCUAUAAAAAAUCU